AUGAAUCCAAAUUUGGGGACAACGCACAUCGUUACUAGAAUUUCGGCACGUAAAUUACGUUCAAAUCAUUCAAUCACGGAGAGUACUAACAGAAUUACUGAUUCGAACGAUGAUGACAAUUCUUCGUUAACAUUUAUUAAAGAUUCUUCUAGCACGCAACAGAAUAUCAUUCAAAGAUUAUCUCGUGCGAUAAUCAAAUGCGAUGACAAUGUACCUCACAAUUAUUUAAGUUCCACUUUUGUUCGAAUUGUUAAUAUUAGCGUAUCACCCGAAUCAAACAUCGCUAACAUCUGGUGGAAACCCGAUCCACAAAAGGGAAUUAACGAGGUAGGGUAG